UCUCAAUGCGUUAAUAAGUUAAUGGCUAUUUUAUGUUUAGGUGUGUCUACGUUAGUAAUAAUUAGAUUGAAAAAUUAAUCAAAAUAAUUAAUCAUCAUAGUAAGAAAAAAAAUUGUAAACAAUGAAUUACGGAAAAAAAUCUCCAAGUAUGGGGACACCUUCAAUAUACUCUCAUGUAACAACUAGGAGUAGUGCAAAUUUACGAUCAUCAAGAUCGGUAAAAAGCGUCAAAAUACCUUGGUAUCAAAAACCUAUUUUAACGAAUCCUUUCUUCUUAAAUACUCAAAGGACUGCUAUGUUGGCUGCCGUUUUUUCUUUGCUUUUAGCUAUUUUCACAAUAAGUACUGCAGUCUUUGAUAUUUAUUGUCUUGAAGAAGCUGCACCAGGUACCACACAUUACGGUUAUUAUAUCAUAUCGUAUGAAUUUGUUUACAUAGGAAAUAAACAUAUAAGAAACGCGCUUAUUGUCGCAGCAAUAUUUUCAUUUCUGGGUGGAAUAGCAGUUCUAGUAACCUCAGUAAUGUUGAUCAAUGCAUUAAGAAAAGAAUACGAGAAGAAAAUGAUUCCAUGGCUUAUCUGCUUUGCAGGCUUUACAUUAUUUCGAUUUCUCGCAUUUCUAUUUUUCAGUAUCGUGAAUGAUCUGAUAUUCUCAUACAAUAUCAUGAUGUGUCUGCUGUGGUUAAUAUUCUUAUGCUUCUCAGUUUACGGAUGGUUAGUCGUAUAUUCUUUAUACAUUGAAUUGUGUGAUUUAACACGACUAGAAGAUUUAGCACACUUAAGAAUUGGAACAAUGCAAUCAUUAAAUGCAUCGACUACCCAUUCGAUUGCUGGUUCUCGGCCUACAACUCCCCAUAGCACAGUGUCUACAAUGCCUGCCAAUUAAAUGAAUUAUCUCAAGAGAGGAAUAUUAAAUAUUCAGCACCUGAAAAAACGAAUGGCAAAAAGAAACUACAUAAUGUUUCUUCGUCCGUUUCUUUUUUAUAAAAAGAAAUAAAAGAAAGUGUUUAUUUAUUAGAAAAAAAUUUCAUUUACAUACAACAAAAAAAUGAAAUUAAAUUAUCAUUUUGAUAUAAAAAGAAACAUGAAAAGAAAAAAAUUUUAAUCUUAGACAUAUACAUAUUAGUAAUAUGUAAUUUGUAUUUAACUUUAAGACUAAGUCUGUAACAAUCCGUCCAUAUUUUUUAAUUUUUUAAUGUUGAUAUAUUUAGU